AUGGCUACCCCGCCUGUACUAGCUUUCGAUGCUGAGGGCCGCCCAGUGAAGUUUGAUACUUGGCUUGAUGACCUGCACCUCUUCCUACAGCUCACUGCCAAGGAGGAUAUCUCACUGUAUGACCACGCCCUCGGCCAUGCUCCUGCCCCUGCUACUGAUGCUGACAGCACUACCCGCUCACAGUGGCAGACUCGUGACGCCCACGCUCGCUUUGCCAUCCGCAACUCCCUGCCGUUAGAUGAGCGCGAGCACUUUGGCCAGUGCAAGACUGCUAGGGACCUCUACACCGCUGUAGUUGCCCGUUACUCCUCACCCGCUUCUGCUACGCUAGGCCGCCUCACUCUUCCCUACCUGUUCCCCGACCUAGCCUCCUUUCACACUGUCGCAGACCUCAUCACCCACCUUAAGACUAGUGAGGCCCGCUUUCGCGCUGCUAUGCCUGCCGAGUUUCUCACUAGCAACCCCCCCCCGCUCUGGAUCACUCUCUACCACAUCGUCACCCGCCUCCCUGACUCUCUGCGCGCAGCACCUCUCGUGAUGACCCCCGCACCCCGUUCUUCGAGGGGUGUUCCCCUUCCCCCCUCCUCCCCUCUGUCGCCUCUGCUGCUGCUGUCGACCUCCUUGGUGCUGAGAAGGUCGGGACCGCGUCUGCUUCGAGCGGGCGCCGCAGGGGCAAAGGGGGCAGGGGCGGGGGUGGCGGCGGAGGAGGUGGGGGUGGAGGCGGUGGGAGUGGAGGCGCGGCUGAGGAGGCUAGUGGCGGUAGUGGGGGAGGCGACAGCAGCGGCGGGAGUGGUGGCAGGGGCGGAGGCGACAGCGGAGGCGGAGGUGGUCGUGGUGGCGGCAGGGGUGGAGGUGGCCGGGGCGGAGGCGGAGGGGGUGGUGGUCGUGGGGGCACUGGCGGAGGGCAGAGUCAGCAGUCCGCCCCGACGCUUCAGGCCGCCCGUGAGUGGUAUGCGCAGCGUAGCGUUACCUGCACACUUUGAUGCUAUUCUCACUGCCAUGUAUGCGAUGUCUAUUAGUGGAGAGGGUGCUCAGUACUUGCGUGUUCCGCCUGACCCGGGUAUUCAGGCCAGUCCAGCUGCCGCUCUAGGUGCUAGUGCGUCCGCUCCCGCAGGUCCUGGUGAGGCUGCUGCCCUAGGUGCUAGUGCGUCUGUGCCCCCUGGUACUGAGUCGACUGCAGCACUGCACACCUUCACACUGGACUCAGGUGCUUCUCGCUCUUUCUUUCGUGACCGCACUGUCCUUGAGCCCCUCGCUCGGCCAGUUGCUGUCUCCCUUGCUGACCCCUCUGGGGGUCCGGUCAUUGCGACCUCCUCCACUGUCCUUCCUUGUCCGGCCGUCCCGUCCGGCACGCUGUCAGGUCUCUACCUCCCCUCGUUCUCUACGAACUUGGUGGCAGGUAGUGCGCUCCAGGACGGCGGUGUUCACCAGUUCACCCCUGCCUACGAGCGCGUGACACACUGCACGUGUGCUCGGACGGGUCGCCACCUGGCUACCUUCACUCGAGAGCCGGGGUCGGACCUUUACACACUGACCACUGUGUCCCCUCAGACGAUCCGCGACCACGUGGCGACCAUGGCGCGCAACAUGGGCAUUCCGCCCGUGUUCCGUUGCUCCAUUGGCUGGGUGCGCCGUGCGUUGCGGCGCCAGGGAGUGCGAUGCCGUGCCGCCACCGGCGAGGCGGCGAGCGCCGACAUGGCUGCUGUCAAGCGGGCAAGCCCCGCGCUCAAUCUCAACACGGCCCCGCCGCCCAGGCUUUCGCCUUUCGCAACUCCGCCGCCUGACACCCCGCGUCCGCGGGGCCGAGUGCUGCCUGGCUGGAUGACCCAGCCGUCCCGCCGUCAGCAGCUUCUGGACGGCGGGGUUGGCGCCGCGAUGGGCGGGUACGUGGAGGCGGCAGAAUGGAUGCAGGUUUCCCCCUCCCCCCUAACUCCAAAGCCUCCUCAGAAGCAAGAAAGGGAUUUGGAGAGGGAGGGAGGGGGAGGGAGGGGUAGGAGGAGGAGGAGGAGGAGGAGGAGGAGGAGGAGGAGGAGGAGGAUGAGGAGGAGGAGGAGGAGGGGGAGGAGGAGGAGGAGGAGGGGGAGGAGGGAGAGUGAGAGCAGUGGUAGUGGAAGAAGAGGUGGGGGCAGCGAGAAUCAGUACAUUUGUAGCAGCAGUUGUAGCAGCAGCCGGAGCAGACAUGGGAAAUGA